AUGUCCACUCAAAUUCCAUAGCUCAUGAUUACAGAAUAACCUAUGGAUGAAUACUAGGAUUUUAUUAGUUAUUCACUCUCUGAUGUUUGUUUUUCUGCCAGUAAGUUCAAGAAUAAAGGUAAUAACGUGAGUGAGAAUUCGAUUAAUUAAGACUACUAAGAGCAUCUUAAUUCAACUCCGCUAUCUCCAAACAACUAUACUUUAACUAAACCUACCAAUGAAUCCUCGGAUCAAAAAUAAACUACACAGGGUUAACAACGUAAUAGUGUAAGUUCAACCUAAGAAAAAGUAUAUAAAGACUUUUUUCAGUACUUUUUAAUUCAAAAAUUUGUUCAUAGGAUAUCAUUCAAAAAGAAAUUGAAUUCUAUGUUUGAUAAGUAUCAUUUCGAUGUGAUUAACGAUCUAGGAGCAACCUUUAAUAUAAAUUUAUUUAGAGAAAAUACAAUAAAAAUGCGACCAAUCAUAGUCAAAUAGGUUUAGGAGAUAGAAAAUAAAUGCUAGCUAAAGAUUAAUAAACUUCAAUCCUUGCUAUUUUAAAAAUGGAACUAUUGUCUCAACAAAAUUCCAUUAAUUUAUCCAGAAUCCAAAUUGAAAAUGCUUUGGGAUGCAAUUGUUAUGUUAGCAAGGUUUUAUUUCAUCUAUGUCAUUCCGAUGGAUUUGGCGUGGGAAAUGCAAUCAUUUAUGUUUGAUAUCUUGAUUAUUCCCACUUCAUUAAUGCUGACUUUAUUGAUAAUAGAUUUCAUAUUAAGUUUUAAUAAUGCCUAUUAUGAGUUCGGAUCUAUAGUAACUGAUCGAAAGAAAAUUGCUUAGUAUGUCUUAACAAAAAGCUACGGUCUCGAUAUAUUGUCAGUAUUGAUUCUGAUAACAUUUUUGAUUAUUUCAGUUGUUCAAUCGCAGUAUGUGAGGAUAACUGAAAAUUGGUAUCAUUUACUACUACUAUUGUUUCUAAUUUAAUAUAAGAAUAUAUCUAAAUUAUCAGAAUAAGUUGAAGAAGCUUUGAAUUUAUCAAAAUAAGUGAGUUCAUUAUUGGAAUUAGGGAAAUUAAUAUUUUUACUAUUCUUCGUUCUACACAUAUUCUCCUGCCUUUGGUUUUGGGUUGGAAGCUAUUCAUAUAGAAAUGAUUACAAGACUUGGCUAAACUUGAAAAAUUUAGAAGAAGCUGAUUGGAAUAUCUAAUAUUUAUACUCAUUCUACUUUUCGACUGUUACUAUGUUUACUGUUGGAUAUGGUGACAUUACUCCACAAAGCACUUUCGAGACUGUACUUUGCAUAAUGUUUAUGAUGAUUUGUAGUAUUCAAUUAUCAUACAGUGUCAGUACUGUAGGUGCCAUUAUUGAUAAAAUUUCAUUCUAUUCAAAAGAGAAAAGGAAGAAGGUUUAAACAAUAAACACUUACAUGUAGCACAAGAAGAUAAGUUAUGAAUUACAAUUUAAAAUUAGAGAAUAUCUCAAUUAUUAUUGGUAAUGUAAUCAACAAGAAGAAACUGAGGAGGAAAAGAACAUCAUUAAUUAACUAUCAGAAAAUUUAAGAGAGAGCUUAUAAUUUGAAGCUAAUUCAAUGAUUUUGAAUACUUGUCCAUUGUUUAAAAAUCAUUUUAGCGACUAAUUAAAAAAGAAAUUGGUGAAAAAGAUAAAAUCAAUAGUUGUUUAGCCAGAAAACAUAAUUGAUUUUGAUCAUUUGUUCCCAAGUUAAAAAAUGAAUUAAUUUAUAUGUUUUGUAGAGGAAGGGUAAAUACAGAUAUUUAUAGAAAAUGAAUUGUCGUAGAAUCAUGUUUCAUAUAAUUCAAUAUCGAUAGUUAAUACUGUUUCCAAAGGAAGUAGUCUUGGUUUGAUGUCAUUCAUUACAGGAAUCAAAGCAAGAGAAAGAUUUAAAAGCAUAGGCUUUUCAAAAUUAUUAUUAUUGUCUAGAGAAGAUUUUCUUAAAAUUAUCCCAGAAUUUCCAGAAGACUAUGAAGUUUUCAGAGAAAUGCAUGAUGAUUUGAUUUAUAAUUCAGAUUCUGAAUUUCUUAAAUUAGCUUGUUUUUCUUGUAAAAGUGUUUCUCAUAAAGUUAUUGAUUGUCCUUUGGUUCAUUUUAUACCUGAUAAGGAAUAUUUAGUCAAAAAACAUCAAUUUUCAAAAGAGUAAAAACGAAAUGAAACUUUUAAGUUUAAAUUCAAGAGAAAUUAAAAAAGACAACAUGGUUAUUUUUCGGCUUAUAAUGAUUUAGAUUUAAUAUAAGAAACUAGCGAUUUAUUUUAAGCUGAUAAUUAUAAGCAAUGUCUAUUUUAUGAGGAACUUGAUGAUGAAGUUGAAAAGUUAAAAGUUCAAUCAAUAAAUAUUCCAAAACCCUCUAAUUAUAUGCAAUAGGACUUGAUUAAAGAAGAACCUGAAGAAGAUGUUUAGGUUGCCAUGAACUUUUUGAAUCAAAGAAAAAGUCAAAUUAACAAAAUUACUAAAAAAUCAAUAUCCUUGUUGGUGGAUGAAGAUCUCGUGCCUUUAUAGCAAUUUAAAGGAAUCAAUAAAUUCAAAAGAGCUGUAGAAGUUGUAAAAAGUCUAAAUAAAAUUACUAAUCGAAAAAGUUUUAAGGCUUAGACAAAAAAUAUAUUGGCCUCUUUAAAUAGUGAAAAUUACAAGGAUUCAGAAUAGAAACAAUUAUUAAUUGGGAUUUAAAAGAGAUAAAAAUAUAUUGAAGAUCAUAACAUAGAAUGGAUGGAGAAGGAUAUUUAGGAAAUGGAAUUCUUGAAGAUGAAGUUGUAGAUGUUGAUUAAACUAAACACUCAGAAAAUUGAAAAAUUUGAUUAGAUUGAAACUGUAAAAUAAUAUAAAUUUUAUAAUAUACACAACAAUGUGGAUCAGAUAUUGACAAUUUAUAAUGAAUUUUAUAAGGUCAAAUUGUAGGAGCAAAAGAACAUUCCUUAAGUAUUUAAAUAAUUUGUCAGAUAUUUAAUGUAUCCCUAUUCAUUUAUUCAUAAAUACAAAUUUAAAUCCAACAAUUUUAACGUGAGAGAAAUUAAAUAAGAGGAAACUAAUUAAAUAAAAAAGAAUAAUAAAUUUUCAAAGUUAUUAACUUUGCAUAAAUAGAGUAAAAACUUGAGAAAGAAAUUAAAUGUGAAAAAAGCUUAAAUAUAACCACUUUGA